UCCCAUGAAAAAGACGUUGGUACUCUGGAAGCAGCCACUCUCCCCCUUCUUUCAUGCUGGUCAGCGGCAACUCCACACUGCACCAAUAAGGGGAGUAUUGCGGUUGCGCCCACUGCAUUUUUUAGUGGCUACGGGAGGAGGUUUUGCAGGAUACAGGCAAUAUGAAAAGUAUAAGAAGCAGCAGCUAGAAAAAUUGGGUCAAGAGGUACCACCCAAAAUUGCAAGUGAUUGGGAGCUGAGACCAUCAUAAAGAGGGCAAGAGACAGGGGCAAGUCGGAGGAAAAGCCAGC